AUGCGAGGUACGGUUGAUCCAAAUUUUUUGUUGUAUGAUCCAGAAUUAGAAAGGACAGUGAGGAAGAACAAAAGGGCAGCCAGACAAAGAAGACAGUUUCAAGAAAGGGGUGAAACCAGUGCUGUAAACCAAGAAGAAGUUAUGGCAGAGAACUACAGACCACCACCAGAACAGAGGACACUGGGAGAGUACAUGACUCCUGCAGUGAUCCCUCCCAGUGGGAGUGUUGUGCGCCCUACAGUGGAACCAAACAACUUCAAAUUGAAGCCUGCAUUGAUACAUUUGGUACAGAAAGAUCAGUUUGCUGGAACUAGUGCAGAGGACCCAUACUUGCAUAUAGAAAAUUUUCUGCUGUUGUGUGAUACUGUGAAAAUUAAUGAGGCAUGGCAACAAGCAGCAAUUUUCCUACAAGGAAUGACCACCAACACUAGGACAUUGGUGCAUGCCACUGCUGGUGGAUUAUUGAGCACCAAGACUCCUCAAGAAGCUUUGGAUAUCUUUGAAUCAUUGGCAUCUCAGGAAUUUGAUAAUGCCUCAUUGCCUGACAGAAGGGUAGGGAUCAUCAAGUUGGAUGGGUAUGAUGCCCUAUUGGCAAGGAAUGACUAG